AUGGCGACCGAAAGAGAUCCGUUAAUCUCGAAUGGAACACAAGAUCAUCGUCCGCCUGGCCCUCGAGACAUUUCAAGGUCGACGCGUUAUGGAAUUUUGGUUGGUCUGUGGUCUGCGACUUUUCUUUCAUCUUUGAACACAACCCUAGUCGCUACCCUGCUACCAUCUAUCUCCUCUGACUUUAACAAGUCAAAUCAAGCUAGCUGGCUUGGAACAUCGUAUUUACUUGCGGUCUGUACUUUUACACCUUUAUAUGGGCGGUUAUGCAACAUUAUGGGGAGACGGGGUGCAAACCAGUUGGCUGUAUGUAUUGCCGCGCUGGGUACCCUGCUUUGUGGCCUCUCUACGAGCAUGGAGCUGUUGGUUGUUGCACGAUUUCUAUCUGGUAUGGGAGGUGGUGGUAUUUUUACGACCUGCACGAUCACUACAAGUGAUAUGUAUUCCAUGCGGUCAAGAGGGCUUGCGCAAGGGGUACAAAGUGUGUUUGAUGGCCUCGGCAUGGGUCUAGGAGGACCCAUAGGAGGUCUCAUAAGUGACCGGUUUGGUUGGAGAUGGGCGUUCUUGAUUCAAAUGCCCUUUUUCGUAUUGUCACUUGCUCUUACGACCUACAACUUGCGAUACGUCACCCCCGGUAAAAGCGGAAAUACCAAGGACGUUUUAAAGAGAAUCGAUUACGGCGGUAUUUUUUCCCUUCUACUCUGUGUUGGAUCAUGCUUAGUAUUCUUGAGUAUGAAAUACAACGAGGAUCUCCCAUGGUCGAACCGAUGGGUAUACGUGCCGCUGGCUCUUGCUUGCAUUUUCUCCGUAGUUUUUAUCUUGGUAGAGUUACUAGUUACCUCGGAGCCUAUCAUGGCGCCAUUCCUCUUGAAACAGAAGGUCCCUGUUCUUGUUGGAGCCAACAACUUUCUUGUGUCAUUGUGCAACUUCUCCGUAAUGUAUUUCUUUCCGAUGUGGUUUCAGACAGUGGCCUUGACAAGUGCAUCGACUGCGGGCUUGCAUCUGAUGCCGAAUAGUGUAUGCAUGUCAGCCGGGUCCUUGUUUGCCGGAUGGAUGAUGCACCGCACUGGGAAGUAUAAACUCAUCAACCUUAUUUUUGGUUUCUUCCCAUUCGUCGGCAUCACUCUCAUCACGUUGUUGCGGAAGGACUCCGGACCACUGCAAAUGUGGCUGAGCAUUGUCCCACUCGGGUUUGGCAACGCCGUCGUUUUACAGACAAAUCUUGUUGCCUUGCUCGCACACCUCCCUGAGAGCUCGAUGGCCGUCGGAACUGGUUUUGGUCAACUUUUCAGAGGCAUAGGUCAAGUAGGGGGCGUUGCCAUUUCGUCGGCGCUAUUCCAGUACAAACUUGACUACGAGCUUCGAUCAAGAAUACAUGGUGAUGGCGCAGCAGAGAUUGUGAGUCGGAUCAGGCACUCAACUACCCUCCUGGGCGAGUUGCCGCCAGAUUUGCAGCGCGCAGCAAGAGAGUCAUAUGCUAUCGGUCUCCGUGCUGUGUUCACGCUUGCUGCAUGCUCCGCACUGCUAGCGUAUUUCGUCCGACUACCUAUUCCUGAGAAGAAUUUAGACAGUCCGCCUAAGGAGACUGAUACCCAACCCAAGUCCACCAAUCCCGGGGCUGAAUCAAGAGCUCUGCCUCCUCCCCAAUGGUCGCCACGCCGUGGAGAACGGGGGGUGUGA